GCCGGGGCGAUGGGUGGGUCCGGCGGGUCCCCGGGCUGGGCGGGGCCGGGGCGAGGGGUGCCGGGUGGUUUCCGCCUGGCAGCCCGCAGCCCGCCGCGACCCGGGCCGCGUCUCCCGGCGGUGGGAGGGGGCGGCGUCCACUCGGUUCCCGGCCCGUCGCGGCCCGGUCAGCCUCCCGCUCGGGGCGCGCCGCCCUUCGUCUGGGUCUCCGCCGCCAGGACCCGCGGCCGCGAGCUUCGAAGCGCGGCUUCCCCGGCCGGCUGCGCGAUGGGCUGCGGGAACUCCACUGCCACCAGCGCGGGCGCGGGCCGAGGCCCUGCAGGAGCAGCCAAAGAUGUAACAGAAGAAUCCAUAACAGAAGAUGACAAGAGGAGAAACUAUGGAGGAGUAUAUGUUGGCCUACCAUCUGAAGCUGUCAGUAUGGUGUCCAGUCAAACAAAGACGGUUCGGAAAAAUUAGAAGAAAAUAACAUCAUGACUCAAGAAUCAAGAGCUUGCUCAUCAAUUUGGAAGGAAUUUGGCUCCGUGGGAC